AUGAGUGUUCAGCGAAAUCCAAAAGACUCGAUAAAGUCCACCUGGAGACAAAAAGAUCGCUCCGAGUGGAAUAUCUUUCACUGGGUAUACGAAAUCUUCCAAAUCCACCCCGUCGACUUGAACAAGAAUGUACCAGUACACGCGAAAACAGACAAGGUACCGUACCUAAACGAUUGGUAUCAGCAUCGAUGGAUCCUUGCCCACGCUGUUCUUCCUAUUGCUAUUCAUCAGCUGUGCGUCUUAUACACCGGUCACAACCUCACAGCCUGGCAAGCCGGACUGCUGUACAGUGCUGCCUUCAACCUCAACGCUAUCCGAGAGCUUCAUCUUUUGCGAGCCAUGGGUCACAAGGUCGGUUUCCUGGAUGGCGACGUACACGAGCGCGACGGUGUGCCAGAUGUGAGCGUAUACAAAGUUCUCCAGUCCCUCAUCUUGACGUCGGUUGUGAGGCCGGCCUUUACUGUCUUCAUCGGAUACAACAUUCACAAGACGCCGUCCUCUAUCGACUUGCGCUGGCUUCCAUUUGAGACGGGAGUCUAUGGUAUUCUACUAGAUUUCUUUUUCUAUUGGUAUCAUAGAUUGAUGCACGACGUCGACAGUCUCUGGAAGUUUCAUCGAACGCAUCACCUUACUAAGCAUCCCAAUCCGCUGUUGACUCUCUAUGCCGAUACGGAACAAGAAAUAUUUGACAUUGCUGGCAUACCGCUGAUGACAUACUUUGCAAUGAAGUUGAUGGGUUUCCCCAUGGGAUUUUAUGAGUGGUGGAUUUGUCACCAGUAUGUUGUUUUUGCUGAAUUGGCAGGACACAGCGGUAUUAGAAUGGUCGCCACGCCGCCAAAUCCGUUUAAUUGGUUUUUGAGGGUGCUAAACGCAGAGCUUAUUCUUGAAGACCAUGAUUUACAUCAUCGUAAGGGGUGGAAGAGCAGUGGAAACUAUGGAAAGCAAACACGUCUUUGGGAUCGGGCUUUUGGCACUUGCCGCGACCGCAUCGAAUGCUAUGACAAGAAUAUCGACUAUGACAAUCAGCUUACGUUUCCGAUUCUUUGA